CCAAAUUAAUCUUUUUUAUUACUAUGCUCACAGAAACCGCCUAGGUUUAGAUAUGACAAUAAAAUGGAAGUCUAGAAUAUAAUUUGUCCUGUGUAAUAAAUUACGCAUUUGGUGAGUGGGUGGAGAAAGAUGGGAGAAAAAGAGACCACAGCAAGCAGAAGAGAAAAGAGAGAGAGAGAGUUCAAAUAAACAAGUGGGAGACAAAAAGAGUGAUUGGAGGAUGGGAGUAUAAGGGAGCGCAAGCAAGGAAGAGAACAAAUCCUUCAAUAAAGGUAGCAGGCAGCACAUCCUUAGAGCCACAGGAGAGAUGUACAUACAGCAUCACUCAAGGAACCUCAAAUGCCACAAGAUUAUGAAGAUUUGAGAUAUAUUUGAGAGGCGAAACACGGCGGCGACAUAUCGAAAGCCUGGAUUAGUUGCCUUUUCAUUUCAUUUUGCCCAGCCUCCAGCAUGGGGACAGAGUGCAGUCGGCGGGGGUCCCUGGCGCUCACCCUCAACAUUGUAGCAUUUACGUGUGCCCUGUCAGCAGUGACCACUAGCUUCUGGUGCGAGGGGACCAGGAAGGUGGUCAAGCCUUUCUGCACGGGGCCGGUGACGACCAGGCAGUCGUACUGCAUUCGCUUCAACAGCAGUAACAUCAAUGACAGCCGGCUGGUGCAGUACAUCUGGGAGUCGGGAGAAGAGAAGUUCCUGAUGAGGAAGUUCCACACCGGCAUCUUCUUCUCCUGUGAGCAGGCUGCUGACAUGAAUGGUUUCAACUGCAGAGACUUUAAAGACAUUGCACCUGACCAUGAAAAAGGGGUCCUGUGGCUGUGCAUCACAGCUGAGUGUCUCUACCUCAUCCUGCUGUUCUCGGGUGGUGUACUCAUGUGGUUAGAGCUGUGUCCUUGCCUCAGCGUCAUGAACAAGCUGAAGCUCAACGCCUUUGCUGCCAUGUUCACCGCCCUGUCAGGCCUUUUGGGGAUGGUUGCCCACAUGAUGUUCACCACAGCCUUUCAGCUGGCUGUGGCUAUGGGUCCGGAGGACUGGAGGCCCAAGACCUGGGACUACAGCUGGUCCUACAUCUUAGCAUGGGGCUCCUUCGCCACCUGCAUGGCUUCUGCAGUGACAGCACUGAACAGGUACACCAAGACCAUCGUAGAGUUCAAGUACAAGCGGCGGAACAUUGAGAAGAACCUGAGGAUCAAGCAGAAGCUGCUGGAGAUGGACCUGCCAGAGCAGAUGUGGGACAUGUACCUGACGGCUGUGCCUGCAAGGGGAGGGACCUCCCUCCCCUCUGGACCUCCCUGUCAAUGGGCACAAACCCUCCACUGGAGCAGCCUAUGUAAUGGGCCUGGACAGCAUGACAGAACCACAGGGAGAGGCCUACUGCUAAGACAGUGGUCACCAACCCUGGGCCUGCAGGGCCUGCAGGGCCCCAUUCCAAUACUAUUAGAAUGUACCUUCCAUCUUCCCUUCAUUGAGGUUAUGACUGCUCCAACAUGAUUGGAUAGGUUCCAAUUCAAAACACAAAAGGGAGGAAGAAAGGAUCCAUAAUCACAGUAUCAGAACAGGGCCUAUCAGAUCUAUAAGGCUUUAGAGGACCAGGCUUGGUGACCUCUUCAUUAAAAUGACCAUAAAUGUGCUCUCAUAUACAGGAUCCCAAACUCACUGGACUAUAUAGGGCAUAAUGGAUCCCAUUGAGAAGAUCAUUACUAAUAUUAUGGCCAAAGGAACAUGGAGCUGACUGAAUAAACAACACUUGUCCUCAACUUCCUCCUGUAUGUUUCUAGAGCCAAGGCCAUGACUAUUAUUAUCAUUACUGUUAUUCUGGAGCAGAUGGUAAAGCUGUUUUUACAAGCUAUGUUAGUAGUUUUGUUGCCACAUUCGGCAUGGGGCUGCAAAUAUCAGCCAAGUCUAGUUGCCAUAUGGAUGCUUGGUGUACAGACGGCUAUUUCCAACACGUACAGUAGGUUACAAUAUGGUGCUUAUGUUUAUAUGUGCUGUAUGUAAGUUUGUGUUUGAGAGAAAGUUGGAUCUUAAUAUUUGCUUCAGAAUGUAAUGAAGAAAAAGCAGCACCCAUAAACAUACACAGGAAGUGUAUUGAACACAAACUUUGUCAGAAAUUGAGGACAAUACAGACUGUGAAUCUGUCUAUGAUUCUUGGCAAUAUUGAGGAAAUUGCAAACGACUACAGACUGAAUGGAUCAAUGCAGGACUACUAAAUAUUUCAAGUAUUUGCCCAUGCAGCUGCCUUGAAUUGUCUUGGAUUUAAAUUAUGGGAUGCCAUGUCAUUUCUUAUGGUAAUACUUGCUCAAUCUGACUACAGAAAAAAAUGUGUAUGACGAUCAUGACAACAAAUCCACAUUUUUCCAAGUAGUUUACAGUACUUCGACAAUACUGUCUAAGCCUCUGUUGGGAAGGACUGCCAUCUAGUGGAGUAAAGGGUAAGUUCACACUAGAGUUCUGAGGACCUGCUUUCUGACGGUGGAUGUUGCUGUCCCUUUCCUCUGUAUGUCCAUGGUGUUAAACAGAAGGCCUAUGGCAUUACUCACGUUACUUCUUGCUGUUUAACUGUCACAAAAUAAAGUGUGACUGUUUUGAUUUGUUUGCCAAUACAGGUUGCAUGAGGACUUGAGUUAAUCCAGAUGACAUCAGGACCGUCACAAAAUACACCAAUUCAAGCCUUGUCCUGUAUCCUCUUCGUGCAGCCUGUGUUUUGAACAGUAACGAUGGUAUCAUCUUUUUUCCACCUCAUUCUAGGCUCCCAUCCUACCAGCCAAAGUCCUGCCCUGUCAUCUGGUAGAAGCGCAGGUUGUGUGGCUGGUAGAACUGACGUAACCUGAGGAUGACCUGAGGGUGGAUGUCAGCAUGUGGCCUGCCCUUGGUUCUGCCCAGGCAGUGGGGCUUGCUGCUGCCCUCUGGCUUCUUCAGGCAGGGGAAACCCUUUGUCUUGUUGAAGUAGAAGUGUUUGUCUGUGAUGAUCCUCUGAAGUCCCAGAAAGUCUUGGACUCUGCCCAGCUCCCCUGCAGGGUCGCUCACCAGCCUCUCCCCAUGGACAAAGUGGAUCUGUUCCAAGGGGAAGUGGGCCAGCCACCUCUCCAGGUGCAGAGCAUACAGGCCAAUCCAGAUGGGGCUCCACAGAUUGUCCACCUUCAGCGCCUCCUCCGUCCCGUUAUGGAAC